AUGUCUGAUUAUAACAAUAGGUCUAGAGAUAAUAACGGAGAACCAACCUCAGAAUACUACCAAUGUAGAGGUUUUCCGACAGCUCCCAACAGAAGAGAGGUUCGAAAGGUACUAUUACAGGAUGAUGGAAAACAGAAACUGGUUAGAACAAGUCACGAACCGAGCAACAGAGGAAGCU